AUGAUGUUGAGUCGGGUGUUGAGCAGCAGUGUUCGGAGUCUGGACAGAGAAUUCAACUGCACUGUCCGGCUGCUGGACGACACGGAAUACACCUGCACGGUACAGAGGGACGCAAAGGGUCGAUGGCUUUUUGAACAGAUUUGCCAUCAUUUGAGUCUAUUAGAGAAAGACUACUUUGGCAUCAGAUAUGUCGAUCCAGAGAAACAGAGGCAUUGGCUAGAGUUAAACAAGCCAAUUUCCAAACAGAUGAGAUCGCAACCACCAUUCAUUAUGUGUUUACGGGUGAAGUUCUAUCCCCCUGAUCCUGCUGCUCUCAAAGAGGAGAUCACCAGAUAUUUGGUCUUUUUGCAGAUUAAGAGAGAUUUGUACCAUGGCCGACUGCUAUGCAAGAGCUCUGAUGCUGCCCUGCUGGCUGCUUAUAUUCUACAAGCUGAAACUGGAGACUACACUCCAGAGAAGCAUCCAGAAGGCUACAGCUCCAAAUUCCAGUUCUUCCCCAAGCACUCUGAACGCCUUGAACGCCGCAUUGCUGAGAUUCACAAAACCGAGCUAAUAGGCCAGACUCCUGAGACCGCCGAGCUGAAUUUCUUAAGGAAGGCUCAGACUUUGGAUAUGUAUGGAGUUGAUCCACACCCUUGUAAGGAUGUGUCAGGAAAUGCUGCAUUUUUGGGUUUCACCCCAUCUGGCUUUGUGGUGCUUCAAGGAAACCGUCGAGUUCAUUUCCUCAAAUGGAAUGAGGUCACCAAAAUGAAGUUCGAGGGGAAAACGUUCCACAUUUAUGCAAACCAACAGGAAGAUCAUAAUAUCAUCCUGACCUACUUUGCACCAACGCCUGAAGCCUGUAAGCACCUGUGGAAGUGCGGAGUAGAGAACCAGGCUUUCUACCAGUUUGAGAAAUCCAGUCAAGUGCGGACAGUGUCCAGCAGCAAUCUCUUCUUUAAAGGGAGUCGUUUCAGAUACAGUGGGAAGGUGGCGAAGGAGGUGAUGGAGCAAAGUGCCAAAAUCAGACGCCAGCCACCAGAAAUCCACCGGGCUGGGAUGGUCCCUAGUAGGAGUUGUCCUUCCAUCGCUCACGGCCCACGACCGAGCAGUGUUCCUCGAACAUGCAGAAGAGCAGUCCAUAUGUCUAUAAUGGAGGGUUUGGAGUCUCUACGUGACAGUGGCCACUCGACCCCAGUGCGGUCCAUCACUCGUGGCGACUUCCUGAAGUCCCAAAACAAUUGUGCUGAGGGUAAAAAUGGGGCGUCAGAAUUUUCUGAGGAAUUGUACAGGCCCACUGACAGUGUGUUACCCACGCCUGUCUCCAGCAACUGUUCACUGGACCAGACCUUAUGUCAGAACAUGAACAGCCCUCCCAAUAUCCAAGAGGAGAAAAAAACGGAAGUAGGCAUUCCAAAAAGUGGGAGGCUGGUUGUUGCUAAAUUUACAGGAAGAGUGUAUCACCUGGGAAAGAUCCAGACACCCACUGGUAGCAUGGAGGUAAAGCAAGUAAGUAAGGUGAUUGGAAGUUUGGCACGGCUCUUCUUGGUCACUCUCACUCUGCUCCUGGCUCUCCUCCUGCUUCUCAUUGCUCUGACAGAGUCUGAACUCGACGUGGCCUUUCUGAGGGACAUCCGACAAACAGCUGAGUUUCAGCAAUUCCACAACGAAUACUUUUGCCCGCUGAGACGCUGGCUAGCCUACAAGCUGCGCUGGAUGGGAGGCUAG